UGCUGUCCUGCUUGUUUCCACACUGCUGCACGCCACUGUUUCAUGCUAGUGUGUGUGUGAUGUGAGAGAGCCGCGUGCCGUCUCCACCACAAAGGAAUAAACUUUUACAGUUAUUUGUGCCAGAGGAUAAAAGGAAGUAACGACUAACUGGAAGAGGGGAGUUGAUGAGUUUCUGAAGCCUGGCACUUCUCAAGUCUGGAAGUUUGAUUUUUUUUUCUUUUUCGGUUGAGUUGUUUACUCAUCGCCCUCUGAGAACCUCCACAGCAGAGAGUCAAGAGGUGACUCUUGAACUGCGUGCAGAGGAAUUUAAACAGAAGCCGAGAUUUUCAUCCACCCUGCGCUGUGACUGUUCAGAGUGUCACUUUUGUGCCCUUGUGUUCCUUUUUUGAUCAGCCUUUGGAGUCGCAAUGAAUGCCUCAUUUUUAUAUGAUGCGGACUACAAUCAGUCCUUAGUGGAUGAGGAUUUUUACUGGGAGGAAAAUCUAGACGGUUUCGGCAUCACGAUGGCCUUUCUCUACCUGGUGGUUUGCGUCAUGGGGCUAGCUGGAAACGCACUCGUUAUUGUCGCCAUUUUAAAGUUCGACAAGCUGUCCUCUUCGACCACAGUGUACAUUUUCAACCUUGCGCUGGCCGAUGGACUAUUCAUGGUUGGUCUUCCCUUUAUAGCGAGUCAGAACUUGAUGAACCGCUGGAUAUUUGGAGACGUGGCGUGCAAAGCAGUCAUGGUGCUGGACGGCAUCAAUCAGUUCACCAGCGUCUUCUGCCUGACGGUGAUGAGCAUCGACCGCUACAUGGCGCUGGUCGACCCUCUUCGCUUUGCCUGUUGGAGGACCCCACGCUGUGCCAAGAUUGUUUCAUCCCUCCUCUGGCUGUUCUCCCUCCUCACCAUCCUCCCGAUGGCGGUUCACUUCUCGACCGAUCACGGCUUUUGUACUCCGGACCUCGGCUCAGACGCCCGGUGGCUUGGCAUCCUCUCUUACACCUUUAUCUUGGGUUUCGCUUUACCAUUUACAGUUAUGACAGGUUUCUACGUGGCACUGCUGCUCGCCUUAUGGAGUCAGAAACUCCGAACCGCAGCGGUGAACCUGGAGAGCCAGCAGCUGGAGCGACAGGUCACCAAAAUGGUGGUCGCAGUGGUUGUUGUGUUUGGAUUGUGCUGGCUGCCGUUUUACACCUUCAACUUCUGUUCUCCAUACCAAAACAGCUAUGCUGUGACCUUCUUCAGGGCUUUUGAGUUUGUGGUCCUGCUUUCCUACUCAUGGAGCUGUGCAAACCCUAUCCUGUACGCCUGCCUCUCUGACACCUUCAGGAGGCACUUCCGCACCCUACUCUGCCCCAUCACCAAGCCUUCUUCCAGCAUGCAGUGCAUUCCUGACCAGCAGAACCUAAAUGACACAGUUGUGUGUGAUGGCACCAUUACCCCAUAAAGCCAAACGAAUUCUGGCUGCAUUUUAAUUCACUUCCUAUUAUGAUGCACUGCACGAUACUUUUGGACUUCUUUCUUUUUAGUUACUCGUAUAAUGCAUUGCAGGUACCUACAAUGACUUAGGAAAUCACUGUGUGUGCAGCAACUAUAUUCUUUGUUUAUUUCCACAAUUAUUUGCCUAAUCCAAGUUAAACUUGGCUGGCUUUCUGCUGGCAACCCGAGUAAGUGAAGUGCUGACUUUCAGAUCAUUUGGAUGAACGAUUCUCAUAUUUUGACUAAAAGUUGUUCUCUGCUACCAGUGUUUGCACUAGAAGGACUGCUGACUGCUCCACUCUGUGUGUAGGGGGGAUGGGCAUACACACAAACACAGAUAUGUUAGUCGUUUGUCUUUGUGUGGGCAUUCAUUGACAUUAAUGCAUUCUCAAGCCUCUUACCGCAAAGUUUAUCCGUGACAAUGAAGUAUUUACCCUAGCCUGGGCUGAACUAAUCUCCGACUGUAACCCUAAAACAAAGUUAAAGUCAUCCAAACAGUUCAGAUUUUUCCAGCAUUCCAUUAAGCUGAUGGCCCCAGACUCAAAAGGUAGUUGUCACAAGGACAACUGGACAAGUUUCACUUUAGUUUUCUUGUCUUUGGUUUUCUGUGACACUCGCUGAUGUUUUUCGAUGUGCUGUAAGAACCCAUUUUGCCCAUUCUGGACAGCCAAGUUUGACCUGGAGCAAUCACAGACACAUGCAGAGAGUGUAUCUUUAUAAUAGCAUCACUUUGUUGAAAAACAAGAGCUUUAUGAUUGCCUACAUGCAUUUGUGUAAAUUGCAGCUACAAAAAAAUACCCCGGGUUACACUUUUCACAAACAUGCCCUAGCUUGGCAAAUUUCCCUUUUUUAUGUAUUUUGUUCAAUCUUCUCCACUUGAAAUGUACAUUUUAUCCUCAAGCUUGUAGCCUUGGGUGUGUGGAUUGAUGCCUUUCUGACUGUGCAUUGAGCUGCGACUUUAAAGGGUUAAUUCAAUUCAUCACUAUAUAAAAUGCAGGCUUAAACACUUCUUAAAAAGCAUAAAGAUAAAACAGAAAACACCAGACACUGUCACUAAAUUUGAUUAGAUUAGAUUUCCAUAAAACUCUCUUGGUUUAAAUAUCACGUGUCUGUCUGACUCAGACCUGUUGUAUAAUUUGCCGAGCUCAAAAAAUUCAGGCGAAAUGCUCUAAUGCAUAUCCUGCUAUAGCGCUUUUCAGCAGAGCUAAUAAAAUGUAGCACAACAGGGAUGAAGUGUGGACAGGUGGAGUGUAAACAGAAUAACACGGGUCACAUGCUUUUGGCAGCACCAACUCAUACACGCACGUACACACUCAGCAAAUAGCAUCUCCACAUCUCCCACAGCUGGAUUAUGUCCCAGUGGCUGUGCAUGCAGGAAGGCAUCAGAUGAGUGUAUUUCUACUCGGCUGGCCACGAGCACGCACUUGCAUUUAUGUGUGCAAGCACCUAUGCUAUUCUGUUUGAUGGUGACAUACAAAAAGACACCCUUAACUGGGUGAAAGAUACAUGAACUCAACAUUACGCCUGUGUGGUAUAUGAAAACUUCCAGUGUUUGUUCUGUGUUUUGUCAUUGUGGAAAUGUAUGCUUUACCCUGCUCCUGGGUGGAAACCUGGAACCUCCAGAGUUUCUUCAUCUCAGUCUGAAUUAUGAUGUAAUCCAAGGACAGGAGUUUUUAAACCAGCAUAAUCUGUCAAUGCCAAUCAAGCCUGCAAAUACAUACACAUGAAAACAGGAGAUUUUCUUUGAACAGUGAUAUUUCCUGAUUGCUUCAUUCAUUCAGUAAUUCUUCGAUUGAGCGCAUAACCACCCACCCCCUCCUUUUACCUCUCUGUCACUUUGACUGCUUUUAAACUUUUAUGUUUUUGACAGCUAUUCUCAAGAUUAACCUCCACCAGCUGUGACACACUGAGACACUGCUUACACGUGUUACCCCGGCACUCGAGUGCAGGAAUCCAGCUCGGCCAUCUCAUCAGAGCAGUUAGAGUGGCCACCAACGCACCGCAGAAAGACUCAAAUCAGCUCACGAAAGGCUGAGGAGAUUUCAAGCCGUCCAGCUGCUAACUGUCUCCCUACAUCUUUCCAUAAGCACUCCCGCUGGACAAUCCCAAGAAUACUUAGUGAAAUGCGGUUUGUUUUUUGGGCUCUUUUUCGUCAAUUUAAGAGUUAACAAAAACACGUGCUAACAACAAUAACGCUUCUUGCUCACAGUGCUUUUUUUCCCUCUUUUACUUCAAUUUUAUCCAGAAAAAAAGACAUGAAAACACAAAUUGUGGAAGGUACACAGAAGGAGCCAACCACUUCAUUCAUAGAAGCAGCAUUUUUGCACAUAUAAAGAAAGAGACAUUUUAAAAUGAUCAAUGAUACAGUAUGUAUGAAUGAGAUUAAUAUGUCAGUUACACCACACGAAAAUCCCACAUUAUGUUCCUGAUGUUAUAUAAAUGAAUAAAUUAUAAGAAUAAAAGAAAAUCAGCCUGAAACUUUCUUGAUUUUAAGCUUAUUUCAGUCUCUGUAUCUUUACUGUAUUUAUGUGCAAAGAAAUUAAUCACCACCAAGUUUUGUUAAACUUUUCCGUAAAGAUUAUCUUACCAGUUAAUGUAACCAUUUUUCAAACCUCACCGAGGUUUGAUUUUAAAAGCAGCAUUAAUUUUUUUUCCAAACACUUCCAAAACAGCAUCUCUGCCUCAUCCAUCUCCUCUAAGGUGAAGCAAACUGAGUGUCUUGACUUGACCGUUUGCUCCGAUAUUGUCCCCUGAAGGGCAUCCUGUAAAUGUCAGGCCUGCUCGCUGACACCCACUUGUAUCUGCUGGCUUCAUUUUAAGAACUAAUGAACCUCUGCCAAAAUGUUUAAAAUGCUGAAGGCAAAGAAAGACUUGACCAGCAGUGGUGUGUCAGAGUUGGCCUAAAGGCAUAAAACAGUCCCUAAUUAGUUUGGUGGCAUGGCUACUGUAAAUGUAUAUAGAGAGAAAGAGAAUGUUUUAAUGCAAUAUUAUAAACAGCUGAUGGCUUUUUUUGUUCUGUAAUGGAUGUUUUGUUGUUGAAAUAAAAUAUUCAAAUGUGCUAACAUGAUUUCUAACAUAGUCGAUAAAUAAAGAAUAUUUUUCUCCUGUCAAUUUUGUCUGUCAACAUCAUUAAAUAUAAAUAAAGUUCUAAAUAA